GGUUGAAGUUGAGCAUUGCCCCUGCUACGUCAUCUUGCGUGGUCGACGUCAGAACCUCGGGUUCUCCCGACCCAUUACUCGCAGUGUAGUUCGCCUGUGGUUUGGAAGAUCUAUAUCUCGCGUAUGGUUAGCAGAGUAAACCGUUGUUGGACGCCCUGGUGAAUGGAUUUUAUCACAUGCACAAGACUGAACGAAAUAGUACCAGAUUGUCAGACGGACUAAUACGCGCCACUUUUUCCUAUUCAAAUGACGUCAAGGAAGUGACUAAAGAAAGAAAACAGCUCGAGUUAAAUUGAACUUGGGAAAAUUUCUUACAUUCUGAGAGGCAACUGAUUACUAGCACUGUAGACAAACAGUAUGACAGAUGACAGCAUCACCUGCUUCACUCAUUCAGUAUGUACCUACAUCCAGUAACAGUACUAAUAGACUGAGGCGUUAAAAGACCAACAACUAAAGAGCAAGAGACGAAUCUGGUGUUCUGCCCUCCCAGACGGGCCAGUGGCUUAUUCCUCUUAGACGGGCCCUGCUGCUCUGCCCUCCCAUACGGACUUGCUCUUUUGGACCUCCCAGACAGAUCUGCUGCUUUGGAACUCCCAUACGGAUGUGCUGUUAAGCCCUCCCAGACAGCCCCAUUGUUUUGCCUUCCCAGGCGGCUUGCUGUUUUGCCCUUCCAAACGGGCCUGCUGCUUGGCCCUCUCAGACGGGCCUGCUGCUUGGCCCUCUCCAUGGUGUUUCCAAACGUGAAGCGGUUAAAGUAUUCCCUGGCGGCCAGUGGCGAGUGACUCUUCAUGGUGUCCAAUACCAUCAUCGUCUUGAACACAUCAUGCAACAGCAGCACCGAGUCAGGUGACGCCCUUGACAACUCCACAUUUUUAGAAGAACACAAGCGGGAGCCGCUGCGGCACUUGAUCCAGGUGGACGAGAUACUGAUCCUUCUCAUCAUCAUCGUUUUCUGGGUCAUCGCGGUCAUGGCGUUCCUGAAAAAGUGGGACAGCAUACGGAUCAUGCAGCCGAUGGAACCCCGGUACAAGCACUCUCCCAAGAAUCUUGAAAGCAUCAAAAUAGUAAAGAGAGCCCAGGACAGCAUCAUCUACAAGAACUACAGCAGGAAGAUGUCCACCACCAUGGUGGCCAGAGAGAAGAGGCGGCUGCAGCGAAUGCACACAGUCCCCUGCAUGAGCGCCUUGCCUGCAAUGCAGCUAGAGACUCACUUGGAGAAACUGCCCACUAUUCAGAUGGAGAUGACCACAGAGAUGUGAUAGUGGUUGAAGUUGGAUGUUGUAGACUGUGGCCAAAGCUGGUCACCGUUAUACAGGUCAAUGUUGGUCGGAAUUGAUCUUCGAGAAUGUUAAUUAGAGUACUAAUGGUUGACUUGAUCAUUUUCAGUCAACUGAUGAGUCAACUCGGAGAGUCAAGCUGACAUGUCAACCCGAGAAGUCAACUGACAAGUAAAACUGGCAAGUCAACUGUUAGGACAACAUGGAAAUUCAAUCUGACAAAUCAGCUGACAGUUUAACUGGCAAGGACGACAGGCCAGUUAAUAAACAAGUUCAUCUGACAAGUCAACUGAUGAGGUAACCAUUCAAUUUAACUGACAAGUCAACCUGGCAAUUCAUCCUAGCCGAUGGUUAACUGUACCAAGCUUCGGCACUUAGAUGAUGAAGAUCAAAUCAAUUGAGGAACAAACGAAUAUAUACCUACUCGCAGUUCUUCUUUGAGAAAAAAGCCAAAACAUUAGAAAAAAAAAAAUUAAAUUUUGAGGUCAAGAGAGAAAGAAUAGUUCUUACAGCUAUAUGUGGAGUCUCAAUUUGUUUCUUAAGGCCACGGGUGCACCCUCAGAGUAAACACUUCAAAUGCUGAACAGAAAAACUGUUCCUAUAAAUAUUGACACUUACACAAGUUCAAUGUCUACACAGUUCACUGUGUACAGCGUGGUGUUGUGCUUUAGUUUGUAAAGACAUUGCAGGCUUUAGCUGACCAAAGGGCAGCGGUGACAGACACUAAAUAGACAUGGUCAAUUUAGAUAAAAAUAACCAUCAUGAAUAUGAAUAUUUUACAUAUUUCAGACAACAUAAUUAUCUUUGUAUUGCUAAAUAUUGCAUUGUAUUCAUAUCCACUUUGUGAUCAAGAUGUAUAUAGGUUUUUUCUUGUAAGGUACUAGUAUGGACCAGCCUUAGUCUAACUGCUUUUAAUUCAUCAACAGCUAUAAGUCAAGAAGCAUUGCAAGAGUUUAUUUAAAACUAUCUGUAAUGCAAAGAGAAAAAAUGAUCAUAUACCAAGUAAAUAAACAUAUCUAGGUUCUAGAAUUAAUUAGACAUAGACGAAUGGAGGAAGACGGUCGAUAGAUCAUGUGUGGUGCCCCAACGGUUCAUCAGACUAAAGAAUAGGGGAAGAUGUAACAAGGAAGGAUAGAAAUAUCUAUUUGAUGGAUUAAAUCCAUUAUGAGCAUAAGAUUCAUUAAAUAGAUCUUUAUAAUGCGAGAAAAACAUUCGAGGCCAUAUGCUAAAGUCCAUCUAUUUUAAUAAUUUAAAUUAUUUCUUUUAUUUACAUCUAUUUGCUCACUUAUGGACAAGUAAAUGGCAAGAUCUAAGUCUUAUCUAUCUGAUAUAUUUGAUUUAGUUUUAAUUCAAAAGUAUUAAGUAUGUUAGCUUGAAAACUUGUGAAUGAUAAAAAUUGUUUGAGAUAAUUAUGACAGUGUAAAAAUGGAUUCCUAUAUAUAUAUAUAUAGCGAUUUAUUCCCUUUUAAUUUUUGCAAAUUGUAAAUAAAUAAUCAUCGACAGUUUUAUUUUAUGUUCAAAAUCAAAUACUAUGAGUUCUGACCCUUACUGAAUAACGCUUGCUGGCUCACUGUGAAGAUCCAGUAUGGCUUGUACCUCACUAGAAAAUCUAAGUUAAAUAAUAAUAGUAAAGUAAAGUUCCCCUUUUAGACCUUGUGGUCUAUAAGGCAGAUGAUGUAAAGGUCAUUUGUUUCUGUUCACUACGGUUAACGAGGGUGCCAUGUGGCCAGCACAUUUUCCACAACUAAUGUCAGGUACCCACUAGAGCUGGGUGGACUCAAGAGGCGCCCAACGAUCCCGGAUUCGAACCCCAGUUCGAAAGCCAAGCUCUUUAUUGCUCUACCACCGCGCCUCUUAAAUAAUAAUAGUAGUAAAAGUUUCAUUUAUUUAGCGCUGUUAACAGGCAUAAUGUUGGCUCAGGGCUGAACACCGAAAAGUCAAACGGAAUUUCCGUUUUUUUUUAUCAAUAUUAUUUUAUCUGUCUUAUCUUAUUUUGAACUGGUAGGUCUAUAUUUAUUUAUUCCUACAUAGGCAUGUAGUCUGAGUUUAUUGGUAUAGCAGGUUCCAUAUGUUUGGUAUGUGUAAUGAAAAUGCCCUCUUAGAGUAGGAUUGAUUGGAAGGGAUAGAAAGUAUUUACUGCCUUUAAAAAAUGAAGCAACAUUUCUAUGGCUGGUUUUUAACUUUGUAGGAAUGCAAUGAACAAAUAAAUAUUCUCUAUGAAUCUUAAAUUAUUCUUGAAAUAAUUACAAUCAGCCUUUUAAAGUUUCCUUAACGAGAACAACACAGUGAUAUUUUUUGUGAUUAUUUUCUUUAAUGCAAAUACAUGUUUAGCUAUUUUACAAGUUGAAUUUUUAAAAUAAGAAUCAACACCAACAGUCAUUUUAUAGUUCACAACAAUGUACAUCUAAAACUAUCUUAAAGAUUACAAGAAAAACAUUAAAAAAUACAUUUUAUUAUACAAUAUCAUCGACAUUAUAUAGCUUAAAAAAAAAGAAUAUUUACAAAGUUAAUAAUUUACAAAAGGUUUUGCCCAUGCCGCGUAUCGUAUUUGUAAUUAUGUGAUAUCAGAAGCAAAUAGGCAAUCCAAUAGAGAAUAGUAUAACGAUAUAAUUAUUUAUUGGUACCUUUACUAUAUACGUAAAUAGAACUAGAUUUCUGAUUUUGAAUUCUUAAGCUCUAGUCAAGAUGUAGAUCUACUUCUAGAUCUAAAAUACAGAAGUAAUCUACAUUAGAUUUAUAU